CAGUAUUUUCAGAGAUUUGUCAGGAUUUUUAUACAGCCGGAAACCCGUAUUUCGAUGGAGACAACGACAUAGGAGGAGAAGGCUAUGAAGCCGUUUCUCAGGAUAAUAUCCAACGCUUCAAGCGCUACUUCAAUGAACAACCACAGUGGGUGCUGCCAAACGGAGCAACAUUUUUCAAUAUCAAUCGCUUCAGUAAAGUUAUGCCCGAACUGCAAGAUAACAAUGCCGGUGCAGACCUCUACUCGAUUAUCCUCAGUCAUAUGAGUUUACUGAAACAGACUGAUCAUUUUUCCCUGAAAGCCCUUGAAACAUUUCAACCGGACGUAAUAUUUUCAGCGCACGAUCAUACCUCCAAGUACACCAUAGUUCAAAAAGAUGCGCUAUUAACCAACCCUCCCUCUCUGGCACUUAACACUAAACGUGAUAAUCGACAUGAUCUGUCCACGUUCAAUCUGUACGGACUGCGAAGCAACCAACAACUGUUAGAAAUUUCGGUCCCUACGUGUUCCUACCGAAUGGGAGUAAUGAAAAUCGGUUACGGCUUCGCCGUGCUGGACGGAGCCACUUUGCGGUAUACCGUGCUGUGGACUUCUCAACGUUUGUACCAGCUGGCGAUAUACUCCCUGCUGAUCAUUCCACUGAAGCUACUGUGCGGACAAAUAUGGUGCAAUGUGCUAAAACGAUAUUGGUGUUGCUAUCGGAAAAGAAAUCGGAACUACCUACCAUUGCAUGCAAGUUAAAGUGAAUU